AUGGUGGCCCGCAUUCCCGCUUUAGCGUUGGUCAUGAUGUGUCAAGGCGUCCUGCUCUCAGACCCACCUCAGUCGCGUCGGGAGAUCCGCAUCGAGGGCGACCUGGUGCUCGGCGGACUGUUCCCAGUGCACGAGAAGGGAGCUGGGAUGGAGGAGUGUGGCCGUGUGAACGAGGACAGAGGGAUCCAGAGGCUGGAGGCCAUGCUGUUCGCCAUAGACAGAAUCAACAUGGACAACACUUUACUGCCAGGUGUCUCCCUCGGGGUCCACAUCCUAGACACCUGCUCCAGGGAUACAUAUGCACUGGAGCAGACACUGGAGUUUGUUUUAAGUGAGCUUUGUGCUGCAAAUGGUUGGUUUUACAUACGAACUUUUGGAAUUAUUUCACCUGAUUUGUAUCUCAUUUUGCUGUAUCUCUCCCUUCAGGUUGCCAAUCUUCUCAGGCUCUUUCAGAUCCCUCAGAUAAGCUAUGCCUCAACGAGUGCCAAGCUAAGUGAUAAGACGCGCUACGAUUACUUCGCCCGCACCGUGCCCCCUGACUUCUACCAGGCCAAAGCCAUGGCCGAGAUCCUGCGCUUCUUCAACUGGACGUACGUGUCCACCGUGGCAUCGGAGGGCGAUUAUGGUGAAACUGGCAUAGAGGCCUUUGAACAAGAGGCCCGCAUGAGGAACAUCUGCAUUGCCACUUCAGAAAAGGUGGGGCGUUCUAAUGCGAAGAAGUCCUAUGAAGCUGUGAUCCGCCAGCUUCUCCAGAAGCCAAAUGCCCGUGUGGCCGUCCUUUUCCUUCGUAGCGACGAUGCCAGAGAGCUGCUGGCAGCUGCUGCUCGGCUAAACACCUCCUUCAUCUGGGUGGCCAGCGAUGGCUGGGGUGCACAGGAAAGCAUUGUCAAGGGAAAUGAGGUCACCGCCGAAGGAGCCAUCACACUUGAGCUGGCAGCCAACCCCAUAGCAGAAUUCAACCGCUACUUCCUCAGUCUGAACCCUGUCAAAAACCAUCGUAAUCCCUGGUACAAGGAAUUCUGGGAGCAGCGGUUCCAGUGCUCCUUGGGGCCAGUAAAUUUGGGACUGGGAGAGACACCUCCUCCACCAUGUGACAAGGACUUGUCAAUGGACAAGAGUUCCUUUGAACCAGAGUCCAAGAUCAUGUUUGUGGUGAACGCGGUGUACGCCAUGGCUCAUGCCCUCCAUUAUAUGCAACGGAGCCUGUGCUUCAACACCACCAAGCUGUGUGACAGCAUGAAGGCUUUGGACGGGCGCAGACUCUACAGGGAUUACAUCCUUAAUGUCAGUUUCACAGCGCCUUUCUCUCCUCCUGGCAGUGAGACAGUAGUGAAGUUUGACACCCAGGGGGACGGCAUGGGCCGAUACAACAUCUUCAGCUACCAGCGCUCUGGCGAUCGUUAUGGUUACGUGCCGGUGGGCGAAUGGGCAGAGAGCCUGAGUCUGAGCAGCGAUCUGAUUCGCUGGCCAAGAGACGUGGUGCCCACCUCGCAGUGCAGCGACCCCUGCGAACGCAACGAGAUGAAGAAAAUGCAGGCAGGUGAGUACUGCUGCUGGAUUUGUACAGCCUGUGAGCCUCAUGAAUACCUGGCUGAUGAGUUCACCUGCUCGCCCUGCGCUCCUGGCCAGUGGCCCACCGAUGACCUGACCUCCUGCUACGACCUUCCUGAGGACUACAUUAUGUGGGAAGACGCCUGGGCCAUUGGUCCAAUUACCAUCGCCUGUGUAGGCUUCAUGUGCACCGGCCUGGUGUUCUGGGUGUUUAUCAGACACAACAACACACCGCUGGUGAAAGCAUCAGGCAGAGAGCUGUGUUACAUCCUCCUCUCGGGAGUCUUCAUGUCCUACGCCAUGACUUUCCUCUUUUUGGCCAAACCCUCUCCUGCCAUCUGUGCCCUGCGGCGCCUCGGCCUGGGCACAUCAUUUGCUGUCUGCUACUCCGCCCUUCUUACCAAAACCAACAGAAUCGCCAGGAUUUUCAAUGGCGUGAAAGACGGAGCCGGUGCAGUAAGGCCACGCUUCAUUAGUCCAUCCUCUCAGGUUUUCAUCUGUCUGAGCCUAAUCUCCGUCCAGUUAGUGAUGGUGUCAGUUUGGCUGCUGCUGGAGGUUCCCGGGACGCGGCGCUUCACGUUGCCCGAGCGACGGCAGACUGUCAUCCUCAAGUGUAACGUACGCGACUCCAGCAUGCUGCUGUCGCUGGGAUAUGAUGUGCUCCUGGUCAUCCUGUGUACUGUGUAUGCCUUCAAGACCAGGAAGUGCCCUGAGAACUUCAAUGAGGCCAAGUUUAUCGGAUUCACCAUGUACACCACCUGUAUAAUUUGGCUGGCCUUUCUUCCCAUCUUCUACGUUACAUCUAGUGACUACAGGGUCCAGACCACUACCAUGUGCAUCUCAGUCAGCCUGAGCGGCUUCGUGGUUCUGGGCUGCAUGUUUGCUCCCAAGGUCCACAUCAUCAUGUUUCAGCCCCAGAAGAAUGUGACCAGUCACAGGCUUAACCUGAACCGCUUCAGUGUCAGCGGGGCUGCGACCACAUACGCAUCUCAUGCUUCUGUCAGCGCCCACUACGUCCCUACUGUGUGCAACGGGAGAGAAAUUGUCGACUCCACCACUUCCUCCCUGUGA